GUAUAAAACCUGGGUUCAUUUGCACUUCAUCAUCAAACUUGUACGAUCUACAAACGUGUUAACAACUCCCAAGAACUCAAACACCAAAAAAACUUAAAAAAUGGCAAACCGCUCUUCUCACAAUAUGACAAAUAAUACCGCUUACUGCACUCUAUGUGAAGAAUCCAUAGCCAGCAAACAGUUGAAACGUCGUCGCGAAUUCGAAACUGCUUUUAAUGUCGCCAAGAAGCAGCGCACCGAAGCGCCCAUCGAUUUACUUAUGAUCCAACUAUUCGUAUAUCAAGUGCUAAGACAGCAAUUCGAAGCGGCUGCAAGAGCACAACAGCUAGGGACUGUAAAAAAGGAACCAGAGGAAAACUGGACUGCUGACAAUUCAGAAACACCUACUGAGUCUUCGGACAUAGUGAAGAUCGGACCGAAUGGCACUACUGUGUCCAGACUUGACUUUGAGAAGCUGCGUGAGUGCAGUGCUUCGCUGGCCACACGCAAUCUGCUCGCUUUGAUCUUCGAUCGCCAGACACUGGCCACCCACUCACUGAGCGGCAAACCCUCGCCCGCUUUCCGUUAUGAAGAGCGCAUGCUAAAGGCGCAAUUGGAUGUCAAGAAAGUUAAUGACAUAAUUCAUUUCAUUCGAAAUGCGUUCAAUUACUCCGAGAAGGAGAUUCGCUCGACGAUUACCAUGAAAUGUGCCGACGUGGCCAGAACAUUCAAGGGCAAAGAAAACAAACAUAAAGAGAACUGAGAACUGUAUUAGAAAUAGAAAUAUUAGAUGUUUAGGAUUUGAAUAAUGUACGACUUAAGAUCUGGUGUAAUAAAUUUUGGAGCUUAUAAAUUAAUUGUGUUUUGUUUUUAGAUUUACUAGUUUUUAAGGAUGUAUUUAAAAGAAUCGGAAGAAGAAUCUAUGCACCUUUUUGUGUUGAACGAACGACUCUUUAAAUUACCAAAAACAUUUUCAGUAGUCAAAAAGCUAAACAAAGUGAAAGCAAUAAAAUUUGGCUUGUACUUUAUGGCCAGCAAGCAAGCACAAAAUGAAAACAUAUGAAAAAUAAUAAAAAUAAAAUUCCGUUUUAAAAAGAUACAAGGGCAAAUCAGAUAUAAUAU